AAAUUACGGCCCAAAUAAUUCUCCGACGGCUCCGUGGAGGUGGAGGGAUCGUGAAACACUACUUUGGCUCUGCGAUUUGAUCCAAUUUCUUUCAGACGCGACCAACACGACACGAGCCAGAGCCACUCUUCGUCUUCUCUCAUCGAUCUUCGGUUUCAACAACUCUGUUUACAUCGAUCAUCCAUCUCUCUCCCACUGUGUUGCCAAUCCUUUGCGUGAAAUCUAAGCUUGGUGAUUUUCGCAAUCGCCUGAACUGUGAUCUGCGUAUCUGCGAUGCGUUUUGGACCACUGAUACCCUGAAAUAUGAGCUGCUGCUGCAAAUUUUCAAAUCCAGUAAGUAUCUUUGGAUCAAAUCAAGAGCACCACCGGCGAAUAAAUCAAGCGAACGAAUCAUAAUUUAGGGUUUGACUCUUAUUGCGAUGGAUAGAAGUUCGGUCUUAACACUUCUUCUAUUGAUUUUGUUCAUCUCCAAUGCUUCCUCCUUCGAUAGAUUUCGUGAGCUAGUUGAUGAAGAAACACAAAAGGAUAAUUCAAAUUCAACCACUAAACAAGAGUCUCCGUUGAUUAAUCCUCAACCCAUCGGAGAUGGAAAAUCUAAUGUGACCUCAUCAGAACCAACUCUGCCAACUAGUAAUUCGACGAACACUAAUCCUAAAGAGCCUGAUUCAAUGAGUCCACCUCCUCCACUGAUACCUGUAAAUGAGAAGAAUGAUACUAAAGUGUUAAAUACAACCGAGCCGAUGAGCCCGCCUCCGCCUCCAGCGAACCUAACGGAUAGUCAGGAUAGUGGAAAGCUACCGGCUAACAUGGCACCGCCUCCAAAGAGUUUGGAGAGUGGGAAAAAUGAGACAGAGCCAGGUAAGGAGAGUCCUCCUUUGGCUAAAGAUCCUGCUAAGGGAAAGGAUGAUAAGGGGAGCUCAGAGUCUGCCAGUGUAGAUACCUGUGUAGGAAAGUCUAACAUAUGUAGAACUGAGAAUUCAUUGGUGGCGUGCACUUUGAGCAUUGAUAAAGGUGCUGCUAACUGGUUGAUUCUAGUUCAAAAUGAAGGUGAAACAUCUCUAAAAGCAAAAAUUGUUCUUCCGGUUAACGCUUUACAAGAGCUGACACUGCCAAAACACCAGAGUCAAAAAGUAAACAUAUCCAUUAGUGGAGAUACAAACAAGAUCAUACUAGAUACUGGAAAAGGACAGUGUGCGCUUCACAUGUACCCAUCAGAAGAAAGCACCUUACCAUUCCACUUUCCCUCAUAUGAAAAACUAGUGACGCCCAUUAACGGCGCUUAUUUCUUAAUAGUAUCCGUCAUUAUUUUUGGGGGAAUUUGGGCAUUCUGUCUUUGCCGGAAGAAUCGCCGUGCAGGCAGUGGAGUGCCUUACCGUGAGCUAGAAUUGAGUGGAGGACCAGGCUUGGAAAACGAGUCAGGGGUCCAUGAUGUGGAGACAGCAGACUGGGACGAGGGUUGGGAUGAUGAUUGGGAUGAGAAUAAUGCUGUGAAAUCGCCGGGUAGUGCAGCAAAGAGUGUUAGCAUAUCUGCCAAUGGCUUAACAGCGAGGGCUCCAAACCGAGAUGGCUGGGAUCAUGACUGGGACGACUAGAGUGUUUGUGUUAUAAUCAUUGGAUACCAUUACAGAAGAUUCAAAACCACUUGGAUACAGUUUACUGCAAAGAAGGCAAGACAGGAAAACAGGUUAAUGUAUACGCAAUUCGCCUAUAUAUAAAUAUGUUCAAAUUCUUUUUUUUUUGCGAAGUUGAAAUGUCAAAGUUUUUUACUACAGUCUCCCAACCAAAACCUGUGUUUGUUUCCAAAUUUUGUAUCAUUUAUACGAACACAUUUAGUUUUGUACUCUCCUUUUCAGAUUCUCGUGUACUGUUUGUACAAAACUGCCAACACUUAUUUUUUCCCCGUUGUUACCAAAGUCGAUCGAUUGAUUUGAUGACUGGUUUUUCGUUAGAUUGAGCUUCAUUUUUUACUCAAAUAUAUUUUUAUUCAU